AUGGCUCUGCAUCAAGGUGGGUGUCCGCGGGAACUCGGCAGCCCUGGUGCGGAAGCAGCUGACCCCGCGGAUGCAGCUGACCCCGCGGAUGCAGCUGACCCUGCGGAAGCAGCAGGCCACGUGGAACCAGCCCAGCCCUUGAAAUCCUUCGCAAAACCCUUUGCCUAUGUGAAGCCCAUGAGAGUAGAGACCGCGGAGUUCACAGAGUCCACCCGCCUUUCCGCGAGAGGCCGGCGCCGCCCUGCGGGGCGAGAUCGGCUGUUGGGAGAAGGAGGCCGCCGCACACAGACAGGCCAGCGCGCACGGCUCAGUGUCCAGACGGGGCCAGGACAUUCGCGGGGCCCCGAUGCGGCGCUGGAGAGCCCCCUGGAGAGCCCCCAGGCAGAGCACGGCCGCCCCGUGGGGCCUGACGCCGAGCACAGGCCACUCUUGCCCUCUCCCGAGGCGGUGCCAGGCCCUGCGGCCAGCGCGGCGGGGCUCCCGCAGGGCCUGGCGCGGGCCCAGCUCUGGCAGGGACUGCCGGGGGCCCCUGGCGCGGCCUCCUACUGGGCUCCCUUGGUGUCUCCGGCCGUCUACCCCUGCGCACGAUUCAGGCCCCCGCUGGGCUCAGCGUGGCUCCUCAUGCGCACCGCCGCUGGCCCCUGUGUGUACUGGGUCCCGGCCUUCUUCACCCACAGCGCGCCCUGA